AUGAGAAAAUAUUCAAUUAUUUCUUUAUUAGUUUUCAUGGCAGUAUUUGCUUUGAUAACUGUAUCUUAUGUAAAACCUUGGUCUUAUAUAAAUGAAUUGAGUACCAAUGAUCCGCUUAAGUGGUAUCCAUAUGUUGAAUGGUACCCUCUUAAAGCUACAUUUUUUGGUGGAAUGACUGUAAAAUAUACAAAUUUUGAUUCACAAGCCAACUUAAAGUAUUUUAUUCAACUUUGUAAUGCUUCAUUAGCAUUUGCAAUUUUGGCAUGGAUUGGAUCUAUUGUAAUGAUUAUAAUAUCAAUAGCUGACAUAAUGGAAAAAAAAAUCCCAGAAAUUUGUAAAUUUUUAGGUUGGAUUGUAUUCUUGUUUAGUUUGUUAUCCUUUUCAAUUUAUUUAGGUACUCCUUCAGCAAAGAUAAAGGAUUGUAGAAUGAGUUUUUUGGGUUCAAAAGAUUGUGAUACACUUCCUAUUUACCAACAAAGAUUAAUUGGUACAUAUAUCGAUUACAAUCGCCAAUAUGAAAGGGAAGUAGAAUAUAAAUUUGGAUUAUCAGCUGGUUUGAUUUCUAUUGUCAUCGCUUGUGCAGUUUCUUUAUUUGGUUCCAUAUAUAACCUCUUCUUUUUCAACCAUCAAAAUGUAUAA